GUUAUACUCUGUUAUACUUAUAUACUAAUGUCAGCUGUGUUAUAACAGCCAGACGUAUUUAGAAACUCUAUAAACUACGAGUGAAUCAAUUGAGCAUAUUAAAUAAAGUGAUAAUGUUUAUAGUAGCUAUAACUGGAGGAAUAGCUACUGGCAAAAGUACCGUAAGCCAAGUGUUCCUAGAUAAUGGUAUACCAGUGGUUGAUGCUGACAGAAUAGCCCGUGAAAUCGUUCAACCUGGGACAACAUGUUGGCAUAAGAUACGACAAGUAUUCGGAGAUGAGAUUAUUCUACCAACUAAACAAAUCAAUCGUGAAGCUUUGGGCAAGGCAAUUUUUAAUAACAAAGAGUUACGCGGAAAACUGAAUCAAAUUACACAUCCGGUAAUUCAUCGAACCAUAUUCCUACAAGUUUUCAAACAUUUCAUGAGUGGUCGCUCGUGGAUUGUACUCGAUUUACCCUUGCUUUUCGAAACAGGCAUACUUAUGGAAUUCAUUUAUAAAAUUGUUACCGUGUCAUGUGAGCCUGAGAUUCAAUUAAGCCGACUUAUGCAAAGGAACGAAUAUUCAAUUGAAGAUGCUAAAAAGCGUAUUGACUCGCAAAUGCCAUUAGAGAAGAAAUGUGAACAGUCCCAUUUCGUAAUUGAUAAUUCGGGUAGUAUUGAAGCAACCCGGGAAGCAGCUUUGCGUAUAGUGCAGCUAAUGAAUGACUCGAAGCAUCAUUGGCGUAAUCGUGUGACACUUUUUGGUAUAGUGUUGGGACUCGGUUUAGUGAUAUAUUAUUUGAAUAGAAUUUUUAAUUUUUUUUAGGCUUGUUCCUAAAUAAAGUACAUUCCAAAAAAAGCAUAAGUAAUAACUAUAUAUGUAUACGCUUAAAAACUUGCUGACCUAUCGCUAUUAAUUAAGCUUGGUAGCGACAAAUACAACUAAAAUUAUUUAUUGAGACUAUUAAUUAAUAGUCUUGCAAAUGAUAUAAAAUUUUAAUAAAGAAUUCCGCUUUAACA